AAUUACGUGAAGAUAUCGAAGCAUUUCAUUUUCGAAAUAUAAUGGAUCUUGAAAAAUUUAUUAACUAUCCAGAAGAAAAAGAAACUCAUGAGAUGUUAGGUGACCAGGAAAUAGUGAAUCUAGCCACUAACCUAGAACCUGAAGAAAAUCAAAGUGAUAAUGAUGAUAAUAGUACAGAAAUACGCCAAGUUAUACAUAAUGAAGCACUGAAUACUAUAGAUUUGCUUGAUCAAUACCUUUUGCAACAGGAUCUCUGUGAUACAGACCG